AUGUCCAAUUUUGAGCAGUUUCACAUCGACUUUUACCAGUCUAAUUAUACCAUAGAGGACCAGGAAGAGGGUUGCAACAGCUACGAUUCAGAUAAAAACAUCUGUGAAAGCAGAAAGAGCCAGACAGAAAAGCCAUCUGCAGGUGGGGCUUCUGUCCCAUCAGACAUGCUUCUGUCUCCUGAGAGCUACACGGGCCAGAUUCUGCAGCCAGCGUGCAGCCCCUACGCUCCUCCUCAGCUUGGUUAUGCUGACGGCUUUGACGAGGAACCUCCUCUGCUAGAAGAACUCGGGAUCAAUUUUGAACAUAUAUGGCAAAAAACAUUAACAGUUCUAAACCCAAUGAAGCCUGCAGAUGGCAGCAUUAUGAAUGAGACCGACCUCACUGGACCUAUGGUUUUCUGUUUGGCCCCUGGAGCAACGUUGCUGAUGGCAGGAAAAGUUCACUUUGGCUACGUGUAUGGGAUGAGUGCCAUCGGGUGCCUUGCCAUGCACGCCCUGCUGAACCUGAUGAGUGUCUCGGGAGUCUCGCACGGCUGCGUUGCAAGUGUCCUGGGCUACUGCCUGCUGCCCAUGGUCAUCCUGUCCUCUUCUGCAGUUGUCUUCUCACUGCAGGGGAUUCCAGGAACUGUGUUAGCUCUGUUUAUUAUUGGAUGGUGCAGUUUGUCAGCCUCCAAAAUUUUUAUGUCUGCAUUGGCUAUGGAAGGACAGCAGCUCCUGAUUGCAUACCCAUGUGCUUUACUUUAUGGACUUUUUGCACUUCUAACAGUUUUCGGAGAUCUAUUUUCUGGUGGUCUUCUUACAGUAUGGUUGUUGGAGGGGCAAAGGUUUAUUUACUUACUUUCAGAUUGCCUAGAGUUGUGUUAAGUUCUAUUAACAAAAUUAGAUUCUAUGACUUACUGUUUUUUUCCUAAUGGCUGAUAAUGAAAUAAAAAAUCAAACUAACAGGUAGAUGGCUAGAUGGCCUUAAAAUGAUGGUGUUUUGGCAGUCUUACAGCUUAAAGAAAAGAAUUGUAUUGAGAAGGUAGUAAAAGUGGAAAAAAAAAGAAAUAAAUUAUAAAUAAAAUAAAAAAUCCUAUUCAGAGUAUUUAUAAUAUAAUGCAUAUGCUAGAGAGUAACUAGAAGGCAAUUAUGUAAAUAUUUAAGGGAUAUAGUAAAUCAAGAGAAAAUGUGUAUUUAUUUGUUUUUCAAAAAACAGCUUGCCAUCUUAUAUAAUUACUAAUUAAUAUCCAGAAUUUAUGUGUUUGGGUUUGGGGAUUUUUUUAUGACAGAAGACUGAGUGACCCUCUUUUGUGACAUUGAAGCAUUGUCCAGGACGGCUGAUACAACAGAGGGAACCUAGGGAAUGUUGCCUUGUUUUUCCUUUUUUUCUUUUUUUUAAGAGUUGGUGGUGUCUAAAACACCACUGUACUGUUUUUAAUGCACAGUAAUGUUAUAUUUUAAAAUUGUCACUAUACCAUUGACUGCUGUAACUGCAGGAAAGCACCACACAAAGUAAAGGCAACCCCUAAAUAUGUGUCCUGAAAGGCAGAACUGUAUUUGAUCAGGCAAAAUAGAAACCUCUAUAAUUUUAUCUGCCCCUCAAAAUCUAUUUGCUGAUUUUAGUUUUAGGGGAACCAAACAUAUAUAUAUAGUAGCAAUAAAGCACAGAAUGCACAAGAUGAUAUUUUAAAAUAUAGUAUUAGAAAUAUCAAGCCAUCAAGAGGAAUUGGAGAUGGGUGCAGUCACAACAUGAAAAAAAUCUAAGUAUGAAGUAGAAAAGAAAAUGAAGGU